AUGAGGUCUCCUACUCUUGCGCGGUUGCAGUCCCGUGCGGUUUCUGGUCUGACCAGAUCACCCGUCCGUCUUCAGCCACAGACUUUCCUGCGUCAACGGUGCGCAUCCACGACUGUGUUGCGGCCGUCCGCAGUUGCGCCGGUGUACCCGUCGAUCCAGAGACAAUGGAACCAGCGGAGGAAUGCCUCUGCGGCGGCAUCUGCUGUUCUCGAGGCCGCUGCGGCCAACCCGGAAGCCCUGUCGCAAGCCGCCAUUAUCGACAACCUGGAUCCCGCGGAGGCUGCUCGCCUGGACAAAUGUCGGAAUAUUGGCAUUGCGGCCCAUAUCGACAGUGGUAAAACCACUUGCACCGAGCGUGUCCUCUUCUACACCGGCCGGAUCAAGGCCAUUCACGAAGUGCGCGGACGUGACAGUGUCGGCGCCAAGAUGGACUCCAUGGAUCUGGAGCGCGAGAAGGGUAUCACCAUCCAGUCCGCCGCCACGUUCUGUGACUGGGUCAAGAAGGACAAAGAGGGCAAGGAGCACAAGUAUCACCUCAACCUGAUCGAUACACCGGGACACAUUGAUUUCACAAUUGAGGUCGAGAGAGCGCUGCGCGUUCUAGAUGGUGCUGUUAUGAUCCUCUGUGCAGUCUCGGGCGUCCAGUCGCAGACCAUCACGGUUGAUCGGCAGAUGCGCCGCUACAACGUGCCUCGCAUUUCGUUCGUCAACAAGAUGGAUCGCAUGGGCGCCAACCCGUUCAAGGCUGUCGAGCAGAUCAACACCAAACUCAAGAUUCCUGCUGCUGCGGUCCAAGUCCCCAUCGGUGCUGAAGACGAGUUUGAGGGUGUCGUGGACUUGAUCGACAUGAAGGCUUUGUAUAACGAGGGAGCCAGCGGUGAGGAGAUUGUCGUGAAGGAAAUUCCUGAGAAGGUCAAGGCUCUCGCUGAGGAGCGAAGAAACAUGCUUAUCGAAACUCUCGCCGAUGUCGACGAUGAAAUCGCCGAGAUCUUCCUCGAAGAAUCCGUGCCCACUCCGGACCAGAUGAGGGCUGCAAUUCGCCGCGCAACUAUCGGUCUGAAGUUCACCCCGGUCUUCAUGGGCUCCGCCUUGGCCAACAAGUCCGUGCAGCCGAUGCUGGAUGGUGUGGUAGAUUACCUGCCCAACCCUGCGGAAGUGGAAAACUUGGCCCUGGAUCAGAAGCGCGCCGAGGCAUCCGUGAAGCUUGUUCCCUACAACUCUCUGCCCUUUGUUGGUCUGGCUUUCAAGCUGGAGGAGAGCAACUUUGGACAGUUGACCUACAUUCGUGUGUACCAGGGUACUCUCCGCAAGGGUGCCAAUGUGUUCAAUGCCCGCAACGACAAGAAGGUCAAGGUGCCCCGCAUCGUUCGCAUGCACUCCAACGAGAUGGAGGAAGUUUCUGAAAUCGGCGCCGGUGAGAUCUGUGCUGUGUUCGGUAUUGACUGCGCCUCUGGUGACACCUUCACGGACGGCCAGCUGGGCUACAGCAUGACGUCCAUGUUUGUUCCCGAACCCGUCAUUUCCCUUUCCAUCAAACCUAAGCAGAGCAAGGACGGUGCCAACUUCUCCAAGGCCAUGGCUCGUUUCCAGAGAGAGGAUCCCACUUUUCGGGUAACGUACGACACUGAGAGUGAGCAAACCAUCAUCUCAGGCAUGGGCGAACUCCACCUUGAUAUCUACGUCGAGCGUAUGCGCCGUGAAUACCGCGUGGACUGUGAGACCGGCCAGCCGCAGGUGGCCUACCGUGAGACGCUCGGCAACCGCGUCGAGUUCGACCAUCUUCUCAAGAAGCAGUCCGGCGGACCCGGUGAAUAUGCCCGCGUCAUGGGUUGGAUGGAGCCCACAGGAUCUCUGGAGGAGAACAAGUUCGAGCAACAGAUUGUCGGUGGCAGCAUUUCCGAGAAGUUCCUGUACGCUUGCGAGAAGGGCUUCAACCUCUCCUGCGAGAAGGGCCCUCUUAUCGGCCACAAGGUGCUGGGAACGCGCAUGGUCAUCAACGACGGUGCCACUCACAUGACGGACUCUUCCGAAAUGUCCUUCAAGAACGCCACCCAGCAGGCCUUCCGGAAGGCGUUCAUGGACAGCAACCCUUCUGUUCUGGAGCCCCUGAUGAAGACCGUUGUCACGGCCCCGUCGGAGUUCCAGGGUGAUGUGAUCGGCCUGCUGAACAAGCGCGGUGCCACCAUCAACGACACCGAGACCGGCGUUGACGAGUUCACUAUCUACGCAGACUGCAGUCUCAACGGCAUGUUCGGCUUCAGCACCCACCUGCGCGCCGCCACCCAGGGUAAGGGCGAAUACACCAUGGAGUUUAGCCACUACGAGAAGGCUCCUCCGCAGAUGCAGAAGGAACUCAUUGCCAAGUACCUCAAGGCCCAGGCCGACCGACACAAGAAAUAG